CAAACAAAUUUAAUACACGAGCAGCGAGCAAAUAAUAAUCCGAAAAUAAAUUUAAAAGGCCGCCUUAAAAUUCCCAGCCUUCUGCGUUGUGGUGUUUGUGUAAUAUUAAUUAAUAAAAGUGUUAAUAAUAAGGUAAUAUUCUAAUCAGGUAAUGCUUCGUUAGGUUAAAAUGGCUUCCGAAGAGAGCGGUAAAGCUGCGGCUGCUGUGGCCGCCCCGGAGCCCGCACCGCCGCCGGAACCGCCCCAACCUGAGCCCGACAAUCCGCCUUCCGAAGAGGAACGAGAACCGGGCGACUGGCGAGCCUCUCGGCCAUCCUCCCCUCCACAGCGCCCUGAUGACAUCUCAGAAGGCUCGGAACCUCCACGACCGAUCAGAACAGAACCCGCCAGUCGCUAUGCCAACCUCAACUACUGGAAAGCGAGAAGGGUCACGUUCUACCGUAACGGAGAUCCAUUCCAUCCUGGCGUCGAAUUCCGAUUCAAGCCGGGUCGCGACUUGGCGUCUAUUGAUGCGUUACUGGACCGGUUGUCUGAGAGACUAGAAUUACCUAGAGGAGCGAGGUUCAUCUUCGGGAUGGACGGAGACCGGAAGUACAGGCUGGAAGAGCUGGAAGACGGAGCAUCUUACGUCGUGUCUUCCUACAAAACUUUCAAGGCCGCCAGCUACGGUAAAAAGAACGGUAUGUGGUACGGUGGAACUGGUACCAGCGGGUGGUCGAGGUCCGGUACUCGCAAGCAAUCGGUUGCGGAGUCCGAUGCACCUCCUCCCGGAGGUGGAAAGCCGGCUAGUGGUCGUGUCAUCAGAAUCAUCAACAACAUGGACCACUCUAUACAGUGUCGCGUGUUACUGAACUUACGGACAACGCAACCUUUCGAAGAGGUAUUAGAGGAUCUGGGUCAAGUACUCAAAAUGAGCGGGGCAAAGCGAAUGUAUACGAUAACCGGUCAAGAGGUAAGAAGUUUCUCUCAACUCCGGAACGAAUUUGCAGACGUGGAAACAUUUUACUUGGGACCUGCGAUGCUUCCACCGGCUUUGAGUCCCGGAGUCAGCGCUCCACUGCCUAUCGAGUCUCCAAUUAGAAGGUCUCGAUCCAGAGCCAAUGUGGCGACAGCGCCGAUGAUCGAUGACACGCGAAACGGUGGGCGACGAGCCAGGAGCAAGAGCAGACCGCGGGUUCUAUACGCACCCGAAGGCGAGAUUGUUAGGAAUUCAGAUUACACUCUCCUUGAAGUUCUGAAGGAAGAACCUAUAAGAGUGACCAUUCGUGGCUUACGAAGGACAUUCUACCCGCCCAUACAUCAUGCGCCUCUCGACAACUCUCCGCCCGACAAGAAAUUACAACUAGAUUGGGUAUAUGGGUAUCGAGGGUUUGAUUCCCGUCGAAACUUAUGGGUGUUGCCGACUGGAGAACUGCUGUACUACGUGGCGGCUGUGGCCGUCAUGUACGACAGAGAUGAGGAGUCUCAAAGACAUUACACCGGCCACACUGAGGAUAUACAAUGCAUGGAGCUCCAUCCGUCCCGGGAGCUUGUGGCGAGCGGACAACGGGCCGGCCGGGGGCGGCGCGCUCAGGCACACGUCCGCAUCUGGAGCACCGACACAUUGCAGACCCUGCACGUGUUCGGCAUGGCCGAAUUCGAAGCCGGUGUCUCGGCUGUGGCAUUUUCGCAAUUAAAUGGCGGUAGUUACGUCCUUGCUGUGGAUGCUGGUCGUGAGAGCAUACUCUCCGUGUGGCAGUGGCAGUGGGGCCAUCUACUCGGAAAAGUUGCUACUUUGCAAGAAGAGCUAACCGGCGCUGCUUUUCAUCCUUUAGACGACAACUUACUCAUAACACACGGAAAAGGCCAUCUCGCGUUCUGGAAUAGAAGGAAAGAUGGAUUCUUCGAAAGAACCGAUAUCGUCAAACCGCCUUCUCGCACGCAUGUGACCGCCUUGCAGUUCGAGCAGGACGGCGACGUGGUGACGGCAGAUAGCGAUGGGUUCAUUACGAUUUACAGCGUCGAUAGCGACGGCGCUUACUUCGUGCGAAUGGAGUUUGAGGCUCACAUCAAAGGCAUAAGUUCCCUCAUCAUGCUGUCUGAGGGGACAUUGAUAUCUGGAGGCGAGAAGGACAGAAAAAUUGCCGCCUGGGACUCUUUGCAGAAUUACAAAAGAAUUACUGAGACGAAGUUACCAGAAACUGCUGGUGGGAUCCGCAGUAUCUACCCACAGCGGCCCGGUCGUAACGAUGGUAAUCUGUACGUCGGUACGACCAGAAACAAUAUAAUGGAGGGAUCUUUACAGAGGCGAUUUAAUCAAAUUGUCUUCGGACACCACAAGCCGCUGCUGGGUGUCGCGGUACACCCUGACGACGAGAUGUUCGCGACAGCCGGUCACGACAAGAACAUUGCUCUGUGGAAAGGGCAUAAGCUUGUUUUCGCAACUCAGGUGGGAUACGAGUGCGUGUCGCUGGCGUGGCACCCCGGGGGCGGCGCGCUCGCGGCCGGCAGCACUGAAGGUCACCUGGUUGUGCUCAACGCCGACGCCGGAGCGCACGUCGCAACACUCAGAGUCUGCGGUUCGCCGCUCAAUUGCCUGCAAUAUAACACCGCUGGAGAUUUCCUCGCCAUUGGAUCUCAGAACGGCAGUAUCUACCUAUUCAGGGUGUCUCGAGACGGCUUCUCUUACAAGAAGUCGAAUAAGAUCCGAGGCGCUCAACCUCUGAUGCAGUUGGACUGGAGUCUCGACGGAAACUUCUUGCAGACUGUGACCGCGGAUUACGAUUUGGCUUUCUGGGAUAUAAAAUCGCUAUCUCCAGAGAAAAGCCCGAUAGGCAUGAAAGAUGUCAAGUGGUCCACGUUUAACUCAACUGUCGGAUUCCUUGUCUCGGGUAUGUGGAACAAUCGCUUCUACCCAAUGACAUCCUUGAUUUCGUCAUCGAGUCGCUCGGCGGCCCACGAUCUUCUGAUCAGCGGUGACUACGAUGGAUACCUACGACUGUUCAGGUACCCAUGCGCCAGCCCUAAGGCUGAAUACAACGAGGUGAAAGUAUAUAGUGGCGCCAUCCACAACGCGAGGUUCUUAUUCAACGACCGCUGCGUGAUCAGCGCCGGAGGUCACGACGCCGCUCUCAUGCUGUGGGAGCUGGUGGAGGAAUAGCACGAGGCGGCGGGGCGCCAACCCCCCGCUGUCGUCGUCGCGCCCCCCACACCCUCACCCCCGCCACCUGCUCUCCUCACGACGUUCAGGGUCCUCGACUUUGACGAACUGGAUUGAAGUUUUGUCAAAAGACUUUGACAUUACUUACUUUUACCGGAAACCAAGAAUUUGACAUUCUGGUUAUUCCGAUUCGUUUUUGUGCAGCACUGGGAUCGGGGUAUU